CGGAUGGCCUUAGAAGUAUCAGAUAAAAUCACUCAGCAAAUCCACACAGUCGUCUUCUGGAAGAAGUUUUUCUCCGAGAGGAUAUGGCGGUUUUCACUUCAUUGCUCGCAGGAGGCCAGGCUUUUCUUCCGCAGCUCUCCACUACCGACAGCCCCGCCGCUCCUCUGUCCAUUUCCCAAUCAAUUUGUGGUCUUCCUCCGAAGAAAACCCAUCGUUUUUCUCGCUGUUCAUCUCUCGGGAAGGCAUCUCUUCUCGCCCCCAAAGUCUCUGUUUCAGGUGUGAGUGGCUCUAAUCCAGAUGGGGUUGAUCAGCGGCCUCGGGAUGAAAUCAGGUCAACCAGGGUGGGGUUCUACUACUCUUAUUUAUUGCUUGUUUAUCAAUCCAUGAUUUUUGUUUCGAUUAUCGAUGUACAUGUUUCUGGAUUAUUUUUGUUUUUAAUGAUUUCUCUUAGCCAGUUAGAGCUCAAGAAUUAGCUCAAUACAAAUAUGAAAUACAGGAUUACUCUGCUGCAUACAUGAUUACUACUUGGCUCAAGAAUUAGCCAAUCAGGGCUCUUGGGAAGGGGUUUUAGGGGGUAGGAUUUGAUCGACAAAGCUGGUAAGCAACCUAGUGUAUAGAAAACAAGAUUAUAUAAAAAAGGCACAUACAAAAAAAAAAUUGGCUUAUAAUCAAAACAAGAUUAUACGUAACCGAAGUUGUAGGGUGUGGGGGAAACAAAAAAUUGGAUUUAUAAUCAAAACAAGGUACUAUUUUUUUUCAUAUGCUAUUUCAUAUUAACUAUAAUGUGUUUAUGGGAAUUCAAUCUGUAUUUAACCUUCUCCUCUGUAGAUAACCUUAGAUGAUAUGGCAGUAGUUUCAGUUCUUUAGCAUCUCUCUGUACGCUUUCAAAUAUUAAUUUCUUGACCGUCUCCAAAGUGCUAACCAAUUAAGCAGCUCAUUGUUUGGAUCAUGAAAUGGAAAAAAUUAGAUGUUGGAACAUAAAAUUAUUUCACUAUGCCACUAUUUCUUGCAUUUGAUAUAUUUUGGGGCAUCUAACAAUUUGGUAUCACAAAGAAGUAGAGGUCUGCUGAUUGGAAGGAGGCAACAAUUCAGUUUGAAAGAGGGUUGAUUUAUGAAGGCAAGGUGGAAGGAUUUGUUAAAGGUGGUCUACGCAUCCGGUUCAAUUCCCUUGUGGGGUUUCUCCCCUUCUCAGAGCUGAGCCCCUCACAUCAGUGUAAAGAGCCAAACAAAAAUAUCCAAGAGAUCGCAAGCGGUUUGGUUGGUUGCAUCCUCCCUGUGAAGGCAAUCCAAGUUAGUGAAGAGCUGGGGAAGUUGAUAUUUUCUGAAAAGGAAGCAAUGUGGGCAAAGUUUUCUAGUCAAAUAAAAAUAGGUGAUAUUUUUGAAGGAAGAGUGCGCUUUGUUGAGGAUUUUGGUGCUUUAGUUGGCCUAAGAUUUCCGGAUGGGUUUUACCACCUUGCUGGCUUUGUUCAUGCCUCGGAAGUGUCAUGGGAUACCAUUCAUGAUGCAAGAGAUGUUUUAACAAAGGGUGAUGUAGUGAGGGUCAAAGUUCUUAAGAUAGAUAGUGAAAAAUCAAGGAUUUCCCUUUCCAUUAAACAAUUAGAGGAUGAUCCGUUGCUUGAAACACUAGACAAAGUAAUUCCCCAGGAUUCUUUGCUGUAUCCCAGCACCUCGAGUCCAAAGGAUAGUGUUCGUAUUGAACCGCUUCCCGGGAUUGGAACAAUCAUUGAAGAGCUUAUGCAAGAAGAUGGUAUACACGACGUAAAACUACGCCGUCAAGGGGUUGAGAAACGCGUCGUUUCACAAGGCCUGCAGCUCUGGAUUUCUAAUGAACCACAAGUUGGAGAAAAAUUCACUAUGCUUGCCCGGGCUGGAAGACAGGUGCAAGAAAUACAGCUUACGACGUCCCUAAAUCAAGAGGGUAUCAAAAUGGCACUGCAGCGGGUGUUGGAGCGCAUACGAUGAUUUGUGAUUAUGCUCCUUGUUGUCAAUGAAUGGAACCUCAGUUUUUUUCGCUCAAUAGCACAAAUGCGUUCUUGUAUUAUCGAUCACACUCAAAGUGUAUGCUUCGAUUGCGACAAAGAAUAGGUAAUGUGGUAAAUUGUUGAAUCGAGUUCCGUUUAUGGGUGAAUAAUAUAAUACUUAUUCCCACCCUCUUCAAUUGCACCCCUUAAAUUUAGUCGACUUUGGAGUCAAUUUGACUUCAAAGUCAACUAAAUUUAGGCAUGCCAU